GCCAGAGUUUGUGGCGGCUUCUCUCGAUUUUUGGGGCACCUCACCGCACGCAUGCCAGCACACCGACCUCGACAUUCAUUGGAACGGGGAAGAAGGGACGCCCAUGCGUCGUUCAUAAGCACUGAUCACUGGCCUAGUUGACAGCACUGCAUGGACGGACCACAGGACAAGAGAAUUAUUGCAAGAGUCUUUCUUGGGCUUUCGUCAGCUGCGACCUGAGUGAACCAUCGCGCAACUCUUAAGUGGAAGUUAAAGGAACUGGUACGCCAAGGACGUCAGAUUCCUUUCAAUUCGUUCCUCGCACAAAGGACGCCAUCUUCACCAGCAGCACCUCGUGGUGGAAGCAUCAUACGAAGCGGAGCGCCAUCACAAUGUCGACCUGCGGUUCCGGAACGCGUGCAGAGGACUACAACCUCUCUCUGCACGUCGGCGCCCUCUUUAUCAUCCUGGCAGUGUCUGCUGGAGCAUGUGCACUGCCAAUCGUGGCAUUGAGAGUGCCUCAGCUGCGAAUCCCAGCCAAGGCGCACUUUGGCUUCCGACAUUUCGGUACUGGAGUCCUCAUCGCGACAGCGUUUGUGCAUUUGAUUCCGACUGCAUUCAUAUCAUUAAUCGACCCAUGUCUGCCACCAUUUUUCAAUGAGGACUACCCUGCGUUGGCGGGUGCGAUUGCGCUCGCAGCAGUAUUCAUGAUUACCAUUGCAGAGAUGAUUUUCAGCCCGGGGAGAUCGCUUUGCUCGGGACCUGGGCACGAUGACCUCUCAGAACCGGCGCAAAUUGAUCGAGAUGGAGGCGCGAAUGUUUCCAAUGGCACAACGGAAGCGACAAGGAGGCAUUCUUUGGCCAAUGAUGAGAUCACACCAGCUGAGAGCACCCCGCAAUUUGGACGAUCACGCUCUGGGCGAUCUCAUAGUGUUAUGAAGACUGUGGGAAGACGCAGCAGCCUGAUGUUCAAUGAGAACACUUUCCAACUCACGGGGGAAAACAAGCGAGGGCGCAGUGUCGAUGAUGUUGAAGAUCGUCGUCCCAGCGAAGAUAGCAUGACCCUCGCUGAAGAGAAAGAAGCUGCCCAGCAACGACACAAACUGCUGAUGCAAUGUGUACUUCUCGAGUGCGGAAUUCUAUUUCACAGCAUCUUCAUCGGUCUCGCCCUAGCCGUUGCCGUAGGAAGUGAACAAGUCAUUCUCCUCAUAGCCAUCGCCUUCCAUCAAACCUUCGAAGGCCUUGCACUUGGAUCACGUAUCGCGGCCGUUGGCUGGAAACCUCGCGCUCUGCAGCCCUGGUUCAUGGCUCUCGCGUACGGCUGCACCACACCUCUAGGCCAAGCCAUCGGCAUCGCAACCCGGAAUCUUUACGAUCCAGAUUCUGCAACAGGUCUCGUGGUCGUGGGAACAUUCAAUGCGUUCUCAGCAGGUCUCCUGACGUACACGAGUUUGGUGGAUUUGUUGAGUGAGGACUUUUUGAGCGAUCAUAGCUGGAGGACGUUGAGAGGACGGAGGAGAGUCGGUGCGAUGUGUCUGGUCGGAUUUGGGGCUUUCUGCAUGAGUUUGAUUGGCGCAUGGGCAUGAGCGUAUUGUGUGCGUUUCGGGUUUUGCUGCAUGAGAGGAGCGUCUCAGACAGGCUGCUCUUGCACAGACAGGAUGUCCAUAUUUUCAAAAGCGUUGCGCAAGUGGUCCUUCGAAAUCUUCAGGUUACUUCUUGGCCUCCGGGUCCUGAGCAUAAAGGAUGCUGGUUAUCGCACGUGUCACCGCAGUUUUGGUAGAUUGCCGUGGCACAUGUCUGUAAGCUGUUGUCAAGAAACAGCUCCGU